ACCACGCUGAGACCGAGGGAAGGAAACGUACGCUGACGAAACCUCAACCUGCACCCACCCAAGGGACUCCUUUAGGCACCCACAAUCUCACCCCAACACAGCAGACGGUGGGACCAUGAAGACUGUGGUGGCUCUGCUGCUGCUCUGUCUGUGUGAGCCUGGACAGAGUGACUGCCAGGCAGACUGCCUGUCCUGCAGCAACAUCCUGCCCAAACAGCUCAGUUUCAACACCAUGGUGUGUCUCACUGAGUGCGAGGACAACGUCUCCCCAUCCUUCUACCGGGACUUAUGUCGUAAGGUGCUGUCAUUGCCAGCUUCCUCCCUUAGCGGUACUGUGCGGAAAAGAUCUCAGGAGGAAGUGGAGGCCCUGUUUCCUGUGGAGGAGGAGCAGGUAGAUGGAGGUCUGUUGCUGCCCAUUGCAUUGCAGAGGUUCGAUCACGUGGCCCGGGCACUCGGGGUGGGCGAGAGGGAUCUGAGUGGCAAGGGCAGCCAGCUGAACACUGCCUACAAUUCCCAGGACGACCUAUCUCUUGAGGAUGAGUAUGAGGAAGAGGCAGGGCAGGAAGAAGGGGCUGCUGACGUGGCAGCAAGAGGACAGGGUGAUGUGGGGCUAAGUGUCUCCAAGAGGUUUGGCGGCUUCGUCAAAGGGAGGCACGGCUACAGGAAGCUGAUGUCUCCAGGAAGAUCUUACCAGAAGAGGUAUGGUGGCUUCAUCGGCAUUCGGAAGUCAGCUCGUAAGUGGAACAACCAAAAACGUUUCAGUGAGUUCCUGAAGCAGUACCUGGGGAUGAGUUCUCGGGCCACUGAGUUCAACAGCAUGUCAGAGGACCUCACCCAACAGAACGAAGUUUAGCAGAGUGCACCUUUGAGCCACUGACAUCAAACUAUUUCCUGAUGUAUUUUCACUGGUCUUGUUUUGUAUCUCAAUCACCAACAUGUCAAACCUUAACUGGUGUCACCAAAGUUCUUCUACUGAAUCGAAGUGAAGAUUCAAUAAGUCAAUAUAGAUUCAAAAGUAAAACUAAGCCCGUAAACUAGAGUCCUCUUAGUCUCAAGACAUAAGAAUUGUUUAUUUUGUUUUC